UGAGGAAGCAUUAACUUUGAAAAUACAACCUCAUUUCCAUAUAAAGUAUGUUAUAAUUGUCUCUUUAAAUUGAAUAUAAAUAUUGCACAAAAACUUAACAAUUUGUACUUCCAACGACUCAAUGGACAAUUCCUAUAGCCUAGUUAUUCUUGCAUUGAUCUUUUUCCCUAUUCUUGUGAGAGCUCAAUCUUUUGAUUUUGCUUACAAUGAAUUCAAUAAUUUAAAUAUCAUUAGAGAUGGAGUUGCAAGUAUCAAUCCAAGUGGUGCACUUAAGCUCACUAAUAGAUCAAAUAAUGUUAUAGGUCAUGCUUUCCACCCCAAUCCUGUACCAAUUUUCAACUCCAGUACUAAAAAUGUUACUUCAUUUAGUACAUACUUCGUCUUCGCCAUUGUCUCUCUUGAGAAAACCUCUGGUGGCUUUGGAUUUGCUUUCACGUUAUCUCCAUCCCCGGGUUUUCCGGGUGCUCAGGGAGCUCAUUUACUUGGAGUCGUCAACGGGAUGAACGAUGGCAAGGAUACUAACCACAUCUUUAUGGUUGAAUUCGACACUGUGAAUGGUCACGAUGAAGGUGUGGACACAGAUGGAAAUCAAAUUGGGAUUAACAAAAAUGGCAUGAUCAGUCCUAUCGCGUCAGAAUCAGCUGAUUACUAUAUUAAUGAUUCUCCUGUAGCAGAGCCAGUAGAUCUACAAAGAGGAGAAUCAAUUCAGGCUUGGAUCGAUUAUGAUGGAAUGACCACAGAGGUAAAUGUAACUAUAUCUCCCAUAGCAGUUCCAAAGCCAAUUAGACCUCUGAUCAGUGAGAAAUUAGAUUUAUCUCCUGUGUUGAAGGAGACUACGUAUGCUGGUUUCUCAGCAGCCACGGGAGGAAAUAAAGCGAGCUCUCAUUACAUCUUGGGUUGGAGUUUUCGGUUGAAUGGAGCUGCUGAUCCUUACCUACCUGUUGCCCCACCUGAAGUGGAAAGACCCUCCGAGAAUUCCCAUCUCAAAAGGGCCUUGAUAGGAACAUUCUGCUCCAUCGUUAUCCUGCUCCUUGGGGCAUUUUAUAUCUAUAGAAGGAUGAGGCAGCAUGAAGUUCUAGAGGACUGGGAGCUGGAUUGUCCUCACAGGUUCCGAUUAAGAGAUCUUUAUAAGGCAACUAAGGGAUUCAAGGAGAGUGAACUAAUUGGAGUUGGAGGAUUUGGUGCUGUUUACAAGGGUGUUUUGCCUACUAAUGGAGCCGAGGUUGCAGUGAAGAAGAUAUCAAGCAAUUCUCUCCAAGGAAUGAGAGAAUUUGCAGCGGAGAUCGAAAGCUUAGGCAGGUUAAGGCACAAACACUUGAUCAACCUACAAGGCUGGUGCAAGAACAAGAAUGAUCUUCUCCUAGUGUAUGACUUUGUCCCAAAUGGAAGUCUUGAUUCAUUACUUUACAGACAGAAAAGGGACAUUGUUCUAACAUGGGAACAGAGAUUUAACAUCAUCAAAGGGAUUGCUGCAGGGCUUCUUUACUUGCAUGAAGAAUGGGAACAAGUGGUAAUACAUCGCGAUGUGAAGAGCAGUAACGUCCUAAUUGAUGGGGAAAUGAAUGGUCGGUUAGGGGAUUUUGGGCUAGCAAGAUUAUACGACCAUGGCAAGAAUUCACACACAACAAAUGUUGUUGGCACAAUAGGGUACAUUGCACCAGAAUUAACACGGACAGGGAAGGCCUCAACGAGCACAGAUGUGUAUGCAUAUGGCGUACUACUUCUUGAAGUAGCUAGUGGAAGACCUCCUAUUAUCUUUGAACCAGGGAAAGGAGCUUUAGUACUAGCUGAUUGGGUGAUAGAAUGUUUACAACUAGGUAAUAUUCUUGAUGCAGUUGAUCAAAGGUUGAAUUCAGUCUAUGUAGAUAAAGAGGUUCAAAUGAUUUUGAGACUUGGGCUUGUUUGUUCACACCCAAGACCAGAAGCUAGGCCAACAAUGAGACAAAUAAUGAAGUAUCUCAAUGGAGAUGAAUCACUUCCAGUUUUUGAGCAGCAGUUGAGCUGUAUUGGGUCUGAUAGGGUUGAUGAAAUCACAGCCAAGUUCUUGGAAGUGUUUUCUACUGAUACAAUCAAUAUAUCACGUCGUUCGCUAUCCGUCGGACAGACAUCAUCUAGCUCACUCCAUUCUGGUAGAUGAAUCUGUAUAAAAGGACAUACACUCUUCUUUUGUUUUGUUUAACCACUUUGUUGGGAUUAAUUAAGUAGCAUAGAAUAAUAUAUAACUAGGAAAAAGGUAAGUCUCAAGUCAACAUUUUCACUUAGCUGGAGUGCAAAAACCAUGUAAUUUUGAGAAAGAAAAGUUAUAAAAUUAGUCUAGAAAGUAAAUUUGUAAUUAUAAAAAAAAAAAAAAAAAAAAAUCUAUGUAGAAUA